AUGUGCUGCCAAUGGAACAAUUGUGCACCCAUUUUUGAUCUCAAAUCACAAGGACACGAACACAAUGAAUCAGGUAACACAGCCGCGAGAUUUUUCCUCGGGUUGGUCUUGCGAUUAGCCAUCUUAGGAAUCGGAAAAGAAUGUGAGAAUGUGGAGAAUCGAAAGAAGAAAGAGACCAACGUGUUGACUCAACACACGUCGCAAUUAAUCAACUCCACAUGA